AUGGUUAAGUCUCUGAGCAAGAAGGGUAGGCAAGGUGUAAGGGCUGCGGCCGCGACUGCAAAGGUGGAUGUGGAGGACGAUUCGAAGGUGAGCGUCGAGUCCUCGCAGUCUAGUGAGGAGGAGGAGAUGGAGGGUCUUUCCGAUUUGGAGGCCGAGGCUGAGGCCGUGGAGUUGUCUGGGUCCGAGGAGGACACUGUCUCUGGUGACAAACGCCACAAGAUCAAGAAGCUGAGCAACAAGAGGAGGGACACCGCUGCUGCGGGCGGGAAAUCCAGUGGUGCACGUGACGAGCACUCGAGUAUCCUGUACGUGAGCCGUCUGCCGCACGGGUUCCACGAGCGGGAGUUGUCGCGAUACUUCUCGCAAUUUGGGGACUUGAAGGAGGUCCGUCUGGCGCGGAACAAGAAGACGGGGAACUCGAGACACUACGGGUUCAUCGAGUUUGCCGAGGUGGGUGAUGCGCAGGUCGCGCAGGAGACGAUGAACAAUUAUUUGCUGAUGGGCCAUUUACUGCAGGUGCGUCUGUUGGGCAAAGGUUCGAAGAUCGAGAAGCUGUACAAGUACAAGAAGCGUGCGUUCAGCGAGACCCCUGUGAAGAAGAGCAAGAAGGAGCUGAAACAGAAGGCUGCAGAGAAGCAGAGCGACAGAUUCACCAAACUGGAGAAGGCCGGUAUCGCCUUCAAGUGGUGA